CACGAAACCCCUCUUCAUCGUCACAGAAGGGGCAAUGGCAGAGCAAGAAGAAGGAGAAAACGCCGCCGGCAUCGACGAGCCGCCCCCGCCCAAGCUGGAGAUCCCGACCCGCCGAGUCAAGAACAUCAUGAAACUCGACAAAGAUAUCAGCAAGGUCAACGCCGAAGCGCUCUUCCUCGUCGCCUCAUCCACCCAGCUCUUCCUCCAGUUCCUCGCCGAGAAAUCCGCCCACGCCGCCGUCGAGAAGAAGAGAAAAACUAUAACACUCGAACUCAUUCGGAUUGCCACCAAGCGACACCGUCCCACUGCCGAUUUUCUGCUCGAUUCUCUCCCCCUGCCAGCUGAGCAGAAUCAUCCGGGAGAUCGUGCUAAAUCGCGGCCAGAUAAGAAGCCCGUUCCUUUUGCUACUCGUUCAAUUGAUGCUUUCUUUCAAAAGACCACUUGAAAUUUCCGUUGAUCGUCGAGACUGUAAAAUAGUUGAUUUUUUUUACUUCAUCUUCGUGCUAGAGGAUGUUUUGCUGUUGUGAUGCUCAGUUCGCGCUGUUUCAAUUAUGUGGAGAUAAAAUCGUGGGGAGUAGUUUGUUCAAUAUUGCGGUGCUUACUUUAAUUAACAAAUCCUGCGCAAUCGUGAUUAUAUUAGAAUUUUGAAUUUCUCA